AUGGACUACCUGGGCCCACCUUUCGAUAACCCGGACUUUGACCCUCCACGGCUGAAUCGCACGGAGGCCAUUCCCAGUGCCACGCUAGAAGUGAGUGCUUGGAGGAACCUGGGUGACCAACAUCGACUAAUGGAGAAUCUUCGGGCCUACACCCUACUGCUGCGGUGUCUAGGAGACGUAGAUCGGGAGCUGACCAACCCCGCCCUGAGGCUCACCUUCCAACACUUCUGUGCCAGCGUCCGAGGACUGACCAUCAGCAUCUCAGGCCUGGUGACCUCACUGGGCUAUCCCGAGCCUACCCUCCUUCCCCCUGCGCACUUGGACAGGGGCUUGUCGCCUGCCCCCAGUGACUUCCUGAAGAAACUUGACCACUUCUGGCUGAUGCGGGAGCUGCAGGGCUGGCUACUGCGCUCGGCCAAAGAUUUCAAUCGCUUAAAGAAACGUCUUGGUGGCUUUGUUACCCAUUUGGACUAUCGGAGGCCAUGAUGCGGGGGGAGGGGGGAGAUACCCCUCCCUUUUCUCCACUCCCACCCCCAAACCCCCUGCCUUGACCAUCCCAUUAGUGCCUUAUGCUAAAACACAUUCCCCACCUCUACCUGUGUCCCUCCUCCUGCCAAACAUUCCCUCCUGCUGGAUGUGAUUACACGAGCGGACAGUAUUCAUACA